CUUUACACUACUCUGUCGCUGAUUGCAAUGCAUUUUCACUUGAGUUUCUUUGGGAAACCUAUAAGUCGGACUUAUACAUAAAAAUAAAUUCACUGUGUAAUCAUACUUGCAAUGAAGUUGUUGAAAGGUUUACUCUUUGCACUUUGGGUAAUUCAGCUGUGCAGUGCUCAUCCCACCUACUUUCAUGGCUCAGAAGAGGUAAAUCUGGACCAACUAUUCGGAUUUAUUGGCAAUGUCGUCAACGAGGGCAUUAAGCUCCACAGAGGUCAUCUACAACAAGGGGAUAAUGGGAACCAUGGCGAUCCUUAUGUAGGCGGUCGAUAUGGACCAAAUAAUGGCAGACCAACAGUUGGGGUCUCCAAAUAUGAAAUCAUAGACUUGAAUAUCAAACCAAAAAAUUAAAAAGAAUAAUGUGUAGUAGUGUGAAUGAAAUGUUAAGUUAAAAGUUAAAUGAAAACAUUAUUAUUUACAUCAAGGUUUACUUUUAGAAGAGUAUAAAAUACGGAGAACAAAGAGCUUUGAAAAUUAAAACAUAAAAACU